AAAUCUGUAAAUCAAUGAAAGAAAAAAACCUAAAUCAACCAAAUCCUGAAGUUUCUACUUAUACAAAUCCUAAUUCCCAAUGGGCUGCAAAAUUUUAUAAAAAAAUGCUUAUUCAUGAUGCGAUCAAAAAAGAAUUGAACAAAAGAGGCAUAGAAUAUGAUGAAGAACAGGAUAAGUCAGAGCUAGUCAUUAUGUUAAAGACGAAUAUACAAUCCAAAAUCUCAGAUAUAAUUGAAGCAACACGGCAAGUAGCCAGCACAAAUAAUUUCAUAGAAAAAAAGACAAUUACGAGUUCUAAAAUGCAAGAGAAUAAAAAAAAACAAGUCUUAUCUUUAGACAAAGAAAACCAACCAGAAAUCAAAUCUGAAUAUUUUCGUAUAGGGUGGGUAUUGAAAGAAAUGCAAGAAUUUGGAAAACGGGGAGGAUGUAAACAUAUGAUAGCUCGUAUAACAGAAUUAUUAAAAAGCUUUUUUCAUGCUGGUGAUAUUGACAAAAGCAAAUGGUAUAGUGCAAAAGAUAUGCUUGAUGUAUUAGAGAAAAGGGCGGAAGCGGGAAAAUUAGAAAAUAGUGAGGUACCAAAGCUCAAGACUAUCGAAAAUUGGAUUGGACGUUAUGCAUGGCAGUAUAAAAAGGAGUUAGCUGAAAAAGCGCAAACUUUGAUAUGA